AUGCCCGGAGCAAUAGUCGACCUUAACUCCUGGACCCCUUACACUCUUGCGGACACUCCAUAUGAAGGUAGCUUCUCAGGUCACGGCGUCCCUAAUUGGCUCGUAAGUGGCAGCGGUUCCACUGUUGAGCUGGGAGCACAAAAUUCAGCCCCUUCUGUCUUUUGCAGUGACGUGCCUGCUCCUGGAUUCCACAUGGAAGGAAAGAUGAAGGUUCAAGCUGAUGGUGGCGAUAAUGACUAUUUUGGAUUUGCGGUUGGCUUCGAGGGUGGAAACUUUCCAAAUGAAGGAGACUUUGCAAAUCCAGCUGCUGCUUGGUAUUUGCUUGAUUGGAAGAAAGCCAACCAAGGAUUGAACAAUGGCUACAAUCCAUGUGAUGGUAAGAGCAUGACAGGGUAUGAAGGUCUCCUUGCCUCAAAAGUGACUGGUAAAGCUGUGGAAUCCGAGUAUUGGGCGCACGAAGACCACACCUGCCCCGCUCCCUUUGAAGGUAGUGUCGAAAAGCUCCCACUAGCAACUGCCGCCAAAGCUGAAAAGAGCGGCGUCGGAUGGGUGAAAGAUCAGGUGUACAAGUUCUGCCUUGCAGUAAAGACAGAUUACAUCGAGCUCACUAUUGAUGGUGUAGAAGAAAUCGUGAUCAAAGAUGUUGUCGUCAAGCCAAACAGCCCAUUCUGCCUCUACUCAUUCUCUCAAGACGACCCCGAGUGGUCUGAUAUCACCAUCGAACCAUUGCCCCCUUCCGGGUCCUGUGGAGAUCCUCACUUCAAGACCUGGAAGAAUGAGCACUUCGAGUACCACGGACAGUGUGACCUCGUCCUCGCCAAGGAUGCCAAAUUCGCUGAUGGUCUUGGACUUGAUGUCCAUAUCCGUACCGGCUUGGUUCGCUACUGGAGUUACAUCAAGAGUGCUGUCAUCCGUAUUGGCAAUGACAUUCUUGAGAUUGAAGGAUCUACGGCUGAGUUCGAUUCCGAGACCCACUACUGGUUGAACUACGAAUAUCAAGCCGAACUCACUGAGUUUGCUGGUUUCCCCGUCAAGAAGUUCUCUCAACAAGGAACCGCUGUGACCAAGAACCGCAUCGAAAUCGACUUGAGCUCGAAGUACCCUGGACAAAAGAUCGUCCUUUCUACUUACAAGGAGUUUGUCAAGGUCGAAUUCAAAAACUCUUCUUUUGAAUCCUAUGGAAACACCGUUGGUAUGCUUGGUGACUACAAGACCGGAAAGACUGUUGGCCGUGAUGGAACUACCGAAUUCCACGACUUCACUGACUAUGGUCACGAGUGGCAAGUCCUUCCUGCCGAUGGCAAGUUGUUCCGUGAGGCCGCCCACCCUCAAUUCCCCGAGCUUUGCAUUGACCCUGAAGAUCCCCGAGGACAACGCAAGCGUCGUUUGGCCGAGUCUACCGUCUCUAUGGAGGACGCCGAAGCUGCCUGUGCUUCUUUGAAGGAUGAGUUGGACCGCAAGGAUUGCGUCUACGAUAUCAUCGCCACUCAAGAUAUGGAUAUGGUCGGAGCAUACUAG